AUGAACGGCCAUUCCAGUAAGGUCAACGGCUCAAACGGCACCAAUGGAUCUACGAAUCAUUUCAGCCAAGAACAUGUGGGUAAUGGCAAUGGGCACACUCCCACGAACGGAGUGAAUGGAACCAAUGGCCUCCACGCAAAUGGCCAUUACACAAGCGGUCAUACUAAUGGCCAUUCCACCAACGGUGAUUCGACACCAAAAACAAACGGAACAAGCAAUCAUCACAAGCCAUUCCAGCCUGUUGCCAUCUGCGGAAUGGCAUGUCGACUACCUGGGGGUAUCCACUCCCCUGCAGAACUGUGGUCCUUUCUCAAUGAUGGGCGCGACGCUCGCGGUCCGGUGCCUUCGUCGCGCUACAACAUUUCUUCUUUUCAUUCACCGCUUAAAAAGCCCGGCAGUGUGAUUGCCGAGAAGGGCUACUUCCUUGAUUCGACGAAUGACCUCGCCGCCCUGGACACAUCGUUUUUUUCCAUGCCACGCCGGGAAGUGGAGACACUUGAUCCCCAGCAACGCAUGCUUCUCGAGGUCGCUCGCGAGGCACUCGAUGACUCUGGCGAAACGGACUGGAAAGGAUCAGAUACUGGUGUGUACGUCGGGAGCUAUAGCCAGGAUUGGUACGACAUUUCAGUCCGCGACACCCAGGCACAUGGCAUCUAUAAGAUCCUGGGCCCGAAUGACUUCAUGGUUGCCAAUCGCCUCUCCCACCAGCUCGACCUUCGCGGCCCCAGUGUGACGAUACGAACAGCCUGCUCUGCUUCUCUCAUCGGUGUCAAUGAAGCGUGUAUGUCCAUUGCACGCGGCGACUGCAAAUCCGCCAUCGUUGGCGGCACAAGCAUCCACAUGGCCCCAGGCUCUACUGCGGGCAAGUCUGAGCAAGGUGUUCUCAGCCCGGAUGGCUCCUGCAACACUUUUUCAGCUAAUGCAAAUGGAUAUGCGCGUGGUGAGGGCAUAAUCGCUAUAUACCUGAAGCCCCUAGCGGAGGCUAUUCGGGACGGUAACCCUGUUCGGGCAGUUGUGACUGGCUCCGCGGCCAACCACAACGGUCACACAUCAACGGUCUCACACCCCAGCUGCGAGGCGCAAGAAGCAUUGAUCAGGCAAGCAUAUCGCAAUGCUGGCAUUACCGAGAUUUCUAGAACGGGAUUCUUCGAGUGUCACGGCACGGGGACAAGCGCUGGUGACCCUGUUGAAACAGCAGCUGUAUCCGCCUGCUUUGGAAAAGCUGGCGUCCACAUUGGCUCGGUCAAGGCAAAUCUCGGUCAUGCAGAGGGCGCGGCGGGUCUUGUGAGUCUCCUCAAGGCCGUUCUUGCUUUGGAGAAUCGUAUUAUUCCGCCAAACAUUAAAUUGCUCCCCAGAAACCCUGCAAUUCCAUUCGAGGACGCAAAUCUCUUGGUUCCUAUUGAGCCAACACCAUGGCCCAAAGACCGUGACGAGCGCGUGAGUAUCAAUAGCUUUGGUCUCGGAGGGUCGAAUGCCCAUGCUAUUAUCGAGUCCGCAGCUAGCUUCAAUGCGACACGCGAGCCCAGUAGAGCGGCAUCAAACACGCCCCACUUGCUGCUCUUCUCAGCGAAUACACCAGCAUCUCUCAAGGCUAUGAACGAAAAGUACGAGACUUUUCUGGAAAAAAAUCCAGAUCUUCUACCUGAUGUGGCAUAUACUCUUGCUAAUAAGCGAGAGCAUCUACCAUAUCGCAAUUUUGCCGUAUGCACAGCUGAGAAGACCACAUUGCCUGGUCCCGGUCCCUUGUCAAAACCUCAAAAAGACCAAGAAACAUCCCUUGUGAUGGUAUUCACCGGUCAGGGCGCACAAUGGCCCCGUAUGGGCUACGAGCUUCUACGCUCGAAGACUAACCCGAUAUUCAGCAACACUAUCGCAUCCCUUGACAAAGCUCUCCAAGACCUAGGCCCUCUAGCUCCGUCAUGGACCAUCGACGAAGAGCUCCGCAAGUCUGCACGUAAGAGCCGUGUUGAUGAAGCAGAGUUCUCCCAACCAUUAUGCACAGCCGUCCAGAUUGCCUUAGUGGACAUUUAUGCUUCAGUUGGAAUCCGUCCAGCUGCUGUCCUUGGUCAUUCUAGCGGCGAGAUUGCUGCCGCUUACGCCGCUGGUGGUCUAAGCGCCCGUGAGGCUAUUAUUGUGGCUUUUCUCCGUGGUCUUGUGACCACGCGACAGAAAAGACAGGGCGCUAUGGGAGCUUUGGGUAUGAGUUGGGAGGCUGCCAAAGGUCACCUAGUGCCUGGUGUGGUGUUAGCCUGUGACAACGCGCCAAACAGCGUGACAAUAUCCGGAGAUGCAGAGCCAUUGGAACAAAUAAUCAAAAGUAUCAAGCAAGGCGGCUCUGGAGUCCUGGCCACCAUGCUCAAAGUGGAGAAGGCUUACCACUCACCGCAUAUGGUAGAAGUCGGGUCCGAGUACAAUGCAAACAUGACCGAUGCCGGCAUCGUUGGCAAUGUGCACAGCAUUCCAUUUUUUUCAAGUGUUUCAGGUGAAAUCUUCGCCCCAGCCGACAAAAGCAGAUUUGGGCCAAAGUACUGGCAGACCAAUUUAGAGCGUCCUGUGCUUUUCACAUCAGCCGUCAGCUCUGCCAUUAAGCAGCACACAGGCUCUUCGAAGCAGGUUUUCCUUGAAGUCGGUCCACAUUCAGCUAUGGCCGGGCCUCUUCGUCAAAUCUUGACCCACAACUCUAGUAAAGCAUCUUACAUAUCGACUUUGGCGCGAAGAACUGACAGUUCUGAAAGCUGGCUUUCCGCUCUUGGCCAACUCUUUUCUCAACAUGUACCCUUCGAUCUCGAAAAAUUGAUGCCGACAGGCCAUGCCAUCUCAGAUCUUCCAUCCUAUCCAUGGGAUCAUACUCAUAGCCAUUGGAGCGAAUCUCGAAUUUCCUAUGAAUGGCGCAUGCGCAAACACCCACACCAUGACUUAUUGGGCGCAAAGAUUCCAGAUACCUCAGACCUCGAGCCUGUGUGGCGGAACUUGUUGCACAUUGAAAAUGCUCCAUGGAUACGCGACCAUAAGAUCAAUUCGGAUAUCAUUUUUCCCUUCUCCGGAUACAUCGCUAUGGCAGCUGAGGCUGUUCGUCAGAUCACGGGAGUGGAAGAAGCAGUUGAGUUUCGAAAUAUUGCCGUGCGCAGCGCCUUGGUUGUCAAUGAGAGCGCACCGAAAGAAGUUGUCACCACUUUUCAUCGGCUCCAUCUAACAGAUUCUCUGGAGAGCGAGUGGUGGGAGUUCAGCAUUGCGUCACACAAUGGCCAUAGUUGGACAAAGCACUGCUCCGGCGAGAUUCAGGCUCGAAAUGAAGCGGAAACCAUACAAAGCUCCGUGAGUAGUCAAAUGGAUCUGCCACGUAAAGCUCCUAGCAAGCGUUGGUACGAUACCAUGCGCCGUGAGGGCCUGGAUUAUGGAUAUCAUUUUGAGAGUCUUGAAGAUAUCACAACAGCAACAACUGGCUCGCGAGUUGCUCAAGCACAAGUCCGGAACAAUUGGCAUGGUGAUGAGAAAUUCUACCACCUUCAUCCUGUCAUAUUAGAUUCCUACUUCCAACUUCUAAAUAUUGGAGCCUGGUACGGACUUACGCAUGACUAUCAUCAAGCUAUUCCCUCCACGGUGGGCUCGUUGAUUCUUCGUCGUUCUUCUAUCAACAAUCUUGUGGUAUCUGCAACAGCUGAGCCUAGCGCCAGUGGUGUCUUUGGGACGGGUACCAUUUCAGCCGACAACAAGAACAUCAUUGAGAUCUCGAAAGUUUACUUAGCAUCCUUCACAAAUGGUGAUGUCGAAGAACGCGCGCCCAUCACGGCACGUAGCGAGUGGGUCUCGCACAUUGAGACUGAAGCUCUAAACGAUCUUGUGAAGCCUUCACGAGACAAUAAAACCUACGCCGCAGCUUUAGAUGAGCUUGUCAAUCGCUCAAUUGCUGCAUCCCGGAGAUCAACUGUCGGUCUGGAUAUCAUUCCAGAAUUUCGAUCUUACAAGACCUGGCUUGACGAGAUCUCACACUCUUCGGAAGAAUUAGACGAAGCGGCUUUGGCCACUCGUAUCAAAUUCCUCGCAACAUCUCUAGAGUCCACACCUGUUGCUCAGAUCGCGAAAGCCAUCACUUUGGUGACAGACAAUGCACCUGCCAUAUAUUGUGGCCAAAAGAAGCCCUUUGAAGUCUUGGACACUGAAGAUACCCUUGGGAAAUUCAAUCGGUUUUUGGAAGAAUACGAUGGAUCUUCACUCUUCAAUUGCAUUGGUCACAACAAACCAAACCUUCGAGUUCUACAGCUGGCAGCUGGGAGUGGUUCGGCAACGGCUGAAAUGAUUAAAAAUCUGACACGCCCUGACGGCCAGGUGCUGUUUUCGCACUACGUCGUAUCCGAUCCGUCUCCAGGUAUGAUCGAGGCCCUCAGGGCACGCUUCCAAGGCCUUUCCAAUAUGAGUUUUGAAGUAUUAGACAUCGGCACCGACGUUGAGCUCCAGGGCUUUGACGAGAGAGACUUUGAUCUUAUCAUUGCAGCCGGGGUGCUUCACAGCACGCCCAAGCUUUCAGAGUCCCUCGCCCGAGUUCGUCAACUUCUUGCCCCGUCAGGAAAACUUCUCCUGCAAUCCUUACGGCCUGGUUUGUUAUGGGUCAAGUUCGUUCUUGGACUUCUGCCAAACUGGCAGAUUGGUGUCGAUGACAGCCGACCCGGGGAGCCAUAUGUUGAUCCAAAGAAUUGGCAAGAAAAAUUAACCACGGCAGGUUAUGACACAACCGGUGAGCUUGCGUUCGAUUCCGACGAAACAAGUCACAUAAGCUAUGCUAUUUUAGCAAGGCCAAAACGGGAACAUCUUCCCUUGAAAAAUGUCACUGUGCUUUCCGAGCUUGCACCUGAAUCUUCCAAGCCUCAUCCAAUUACGGAAGUAUUACUUGGUCGCGGUUACGAGAUUUCCCACUGCAGUCUCGCAGACACUCCUCCACCCAGUCAAGACAUAAUCGUCCUCCUUGAUGAGCAAACUUCUUUCCUAGACAAGCUAGAUGCGACAAGGCUUGAGGAGCUGAGAACCUUCAUCAACAACACCGUUGAUUCUGGAAUUUUUUGGGUGACGCAGCCAUCUCAGAGUCUAUGUGUAGACCCAAGCUUCGGACAAAUCCAUGGCCUGGCUCGGUGUAUCCGCUCUGAGAUUGGUAUUGAUUUUGCAACUUGUGAGGCAGAUGAUAUGCAAAGUGAGCAAGGUUGCCGAGCGGUGGCUAGCGCGUUACAAAUUUUCUCAGAAAGAGUCAAUGACGGAGAGAUUGAACCUGACUUCGAAUAUAUUAUUGAGAAUGGCGUGACCCGAGUCAAUCGAUUUUUCCCAGUUGCAUCUGCAAGCGAGGUCUCGGUUGUUGAAACCAGUCAGGAUGCGCGUUUGACUAUCGGUCAGCCAGGACGUCUUGAUACCCUUCACUGGCAAGCUGAAAGUGUGAAUGCGCCCCAAGGGGAUGAAGUGCAAGUAGAGAUUUAUGCGGCGGGUUUGAACUUUCGCGACGUUCUUGUGGCAAUGGGAAUUAUUGAGCUAUCGCCUCCUACUUUUGGCUAUGAGGCUACCGGAAUCGUGCGCCGGGUAGGACCAAGCGCAGGAAAGCUCAAUGUUGGGGACAGGGUUGCCCUCACGGGGUAUGAUGUCUUUGCAUCGACCGUGACGACCACUGAAAAACUGUGCGAGAGACUUCCUGACGAGCUGGACUUCACGAACGGAGCCUCCAUGCCUCUUGUCUUUGCUACGGCCAUUUAUUCGCUCAUAAAUGUCGGGGGACUGCAGAAAGGCCAGUCUGUUCUUAUCCAUAGUGGCUGCGGUGGCGUGGGUCUAGCGGCAAUUCAACUCGCUCAGAUGAUCGGUGCAGAAGUCUACACAACGGUCAGCAGUCAGAAGAAGAUUGACUUCCUGGUACGAGAGUUUGGCAUCUCAAAGGAUCACAUUUUCAACUCGAGGAGUGUGGGCUUCCAAGAAGACUUGCUAAGAGCAACCAAUGGUAGAGGAGUUGACUUGGCACUCAACUCACUCUCGGGUGAGCUACUACACGCAACCUGGCGCUGCGUUGCAAAAUGGGGAUCUUUAGUAGAGAUUGGAAAGCGCGACCUUCUGGGCGCUGCAAAGUUGGAUAUGGAGCUAUUCCUUGCCAAUCGAAGCUACCGAUGUGUAGACAUUGACCAAAUGUGCAAGGAGAGGCCGGAGAUAAUCAGUCGCCUACUCCGAUCUAUGAUGGAUUUCUUCCGCUAUGGACACAUUCGGCCAAUCUCGAUCGACAAGAUCUUUCCAUGCUCGAAGAUGCAAGAAGCAUUCCAGCACAUGCAACAGGGCAACCAUAUUGGUAAGAUUGUGCUCGAGUUCCGCCAUUCAACAUCUGUGGAACUUCAGCUUGGAGAUAUUCAGCCCGCCAAUAUGCCUACUGCCGCCUUACUUGACAGCUCAGCUUCGUAUCUGUUGGUUGGUGGUCUUGGUGGCUUAGGUCGUUCCGUGGCAGUAUGGAUGAUUCAACGUGGCGCCCGAAAUCUCACAUUCUUAUCCCGCAGCGCUGGUACAACCGAAAGACAGAGGCUCUUCGUCGAAGAAAUCGAGAGCAUGGGCUGUAAGGUGCAUCUAGUACGCGGAAGCGUCACUAAUGCGGCCGACGUUUCUCGCGCUGUUGCGGAAUCGCCUCGCCCACUCAAAGGAGUCCUCCAAAUGACGAUGGUACUUAGAGACCAAGCCUGGCAGAAGGUGACAAUCGAUGAGUGGAACGACACGACGGCACCCAAGGUGAAGGGAACAUGGAAUCUUCACAACGAGACACAGUCGCUGAACCUUGACUUCUUCAUCUUGUUCAGCUCACUUUCUGGCAUCGUUGGACAGGCCGGACAGGCUGGUUAUGCAAGCGCAAAUACCUUCCUUGAUGCGUUUGUCAAAUUCCGGACAAUCAAGGGCCUUCCAUGUACAUCGCUCAAUAUCGGAGCCGUGGAGGGGGCAGGCUAUCUCCUCGAGGACGAUGAGCUGCUCAAGAAGAUGAAAGGCACAGGCUGGCGGGCAGUGCAGGAGUCGGAGCUACUGAGUGUGCUAGGGACCGUUAUGCUUUCAACGUCAGCUCAGGUUGAGAAGCAAGCACAAGGGCUGGUCAAAGAAGAUAAAGCGCCCAGGUCGAACCUUGUCAACCCAAGCUCUACCCUCGUGGGAAUCGCCCCAGAGAUUCCCCUUAGCAAUCCAGACAGUAGUGCCAGGCUACGCAAAGAUGUGCGAAUGUCCGUCUUCCACAACAUCCGUAGCCAGGUCAAAGGUGGUGCCUCGAGCGACGGUUUGCGGCAAUUUCUCAGCGCAGCCAAGGCUAAUCCAGAGAUGCUCAACAAGCCUGAAUCGAUCAUCCUGCUAGCGCAGGAGAUUGGUAGGAAGCUACUAGGCUUGGUGUUGCGUCCUGUGGAUGACAACAUUGAUGUCUCGAUAUCGCUUACGCAACUGGGCCUGGACUCGAUGGUGGCAGUAGAGAUGCGGGCAUGGUGGAAGCAGAUGUUUGGGCUAGAUAUAACCGUACUAGAAAUGUUGAGCAUGGGCACCCUCGAGAAGUUAGGCAAACAGGCCGCUGAGGGUUUUCUGGCGCUCCAUGAGCAGAGUCGUGGUUAA